UUCCUCACGUGAAGCCCAUUGAUUUACAGAACUGGCCUCUUUUGAUUACUAGCAGAUAUGGUUUUUAAAUAGUAUUAUUAUUAGUGGUUCACUGAUGCCUGCUGCUGCUGAAGUGCGAAACAAAUAAUUUAAUUUUGGUCCAUUCAUUGUGCAGAGGGACGCGUUGUUGUGUCUGGACUGGACGCGCUGGAGAUAAGGAAAAUGGCAUCCCUUGAGAGGGCAAUAAUAAGAUGUCAGGAGAAGUGCAGUAUUAUCAUAAGGAGACAUACUUGGAAUAUGAAGGAGGAAUGAGGGAAAAAGAGAGGCAGAGGAGGUUGAAGAGAGAGAGGGGUAGGAAGAGGGUGAGCUUGAAUCGUUUAAAAAUGGCAGGAAAAUAGAGAUGGUUUGUUAAAGAAGAUUGGUAGAAAGUGUAAGCAGAGUGAGCUGUACAUCGGAUCGAAGACAAGAGAAAUGGAAGUGAACGAGGGCGAAGUAUCGGAGGGGGUAGGUGUGGUGAAGUUCUCUGAUACUAAUACAUUACGUUGUUACAGGUGUCAAGCUUAUGGGCAUGUGGCAGCAGUGUGUACGAAGGAGGUUCUUAAGUGUGAGAAGUGUGCAGAAGGGCAUGAGACAAAGGAAUGAGUAGCAUUGGGGAAAGUAAUGGUAUGUGUUAAUUGGAAGGGUGCCCAUAGGGCUGGGGAUCAGAAAUGUCAGUUGCGAGAGAGGCAGGUUGAGGUUUCCGGGAUUAGAGUAGUGCAGAAGUUGUCAUAUGCUGAGGCAGUGAAGAAAGUAGAGGAAGAUGGGUUGGGGUGGGAGGGAUCCUGAAAGGAGUGGUGUGAGUAGUAUAUCUGUACAAGUACAGAGAGAUAGGUCAACAAGUGAUAUAUGCUUGAGUAAGAUUAGAUUUUUAGUGUUUAUAGAAAUGGUUAUCAACUGUACUGGAGGGAUGGAACAAAAGUCGCUGAAAAAUGAGGUUGUGGUGGCAGCUGCAGAGAGGUGAAGACUUGUUCCACGUGUGAGAACAGAACGGGCUACUGCUCAAGAGCAUGGCCCCUCUCCCAAUGCUUGCUGGUAAGGAGGAGGUCAAAAGCACAGCAGACCACGUCCUUGAGACGUUCUAUCCCAUCUCUCCCACCAUCGACCUGCAGAGUGUCCAGGUCUACCAGGAGCAGAACCAUAAAGAUUCCUCCAGAGAAAGCAUCUCCGGGACCCCUAAAAUGAGCAGACACCAAAAUGGGGAGGAGUACAGGAACCCAACAGAGGUGAAGAAGAGCCAGAUAGUGAUGCCCUGCCAUGCCAACCACCGCCAGGAGCUCAGCGUGGGAGAGCUGCUCAAAUGGAUGGACUCUACAGCCUGUCUGUCAGCUGAAAGGCAUGCUGGGUGUCCCUGUGUCACUGUCUCGGUCGACGACAUCCACUUUGAACACACUAUUGGGGUUGGACAGGUGGUCAACAUCAAGGCCAAAGUCAAUCGAGCUUUCAACACCAGCAUGGAGGUUGGCAUUGUGGUGAGCUGUGAAGACCUGUUCAGUGAUACCCACUGGAGUGUGUGUCGGGCGGUUGCCACGUUUGUCAGCCAGCGCACCACGGGAGGGAAGGUGGUGCAGCUGCGUCCGUUGGUCCCCUGUACACAGGCGGAGCAGGUGGAGCACAGUCUAGCAGCUGAGAGGAGGAGGAUGAGGCUCGUCCACGCUGAUAUCAUGAAGGACCUGCUCGCUAACAGGGCCUUCCAACAAGUGGAGGUCCAGGAGGCUGAGAAGGCGGUGCCAGCAGAGAGGACACGGGUGGAGAGUGUUGAGUUGGUUCUUCCCACUCAUGCCAACCACCAGGUCAACACGUUCGGAGGACAGAUCAUGGCCUGGAUGGAGAACGUGGCUACCAUCGCUGCAAGUCGUCUGUGUAACGCUCACCCCACCCUGCAGAGCAUAGACAUGUUCCAUUUCAGGGGUCCCUCACACGUGGGCGACCGGCUGGUCCUCAAAGCCAUAGUCAACAAUGCAUUCAAGAACAGCAUGGAGGCGGGCGUGUGUGCGGAGGCUUAUCAGGGGGAGGAGCCUCUGAGACACAUCAACAGCGCCUUCAUGACCUUCGAAAUCCGCGACCAGGAAGGCAAGCCAUGCACGUUGCCAAGGAUACGACCCGAACCGCUGGAGGGAAUGAGACGUUACCAGGAGGCCAUCGCUAGAAACAAGAUCAGACUCGACAGGAAGUACAUAAUAUCCUGCAAGCAGACAGAGGUGCCCUUAUCUGUACCGUGGGACCUCAGCAACCAGGUGUACCUCAGCUACAACAACGUGUCUGCUCUGAAGAUGCUGGCCGCCAGAAACAACUGGUUGUUAAACUCUGAGAAAAACAAGGUGAGCCUGUACACCCUGGAGCAGAAGCAGGUGUUGAGUUUUAAGGUCGAGACGGAGAUAGACAUCCCAGCUGAGAGGGCCUUUAUGUUGCUCUCUGACUUAAGCAAGAGAGUGGAGUGGGACCCAAACUACGAGAGGUGUGAGCUGAUUCUUAGGGUGAACGAUGAUGACUUUCUGUACCGCGUGGUGACUCCUUCCAUAGGCCAGGAUGGGGCCAGUAACAGCCCUUCAGCCAAUCAGGGAGGGAAGGUCCAGGACUUCAUCCUCCUGGCCUCCAGGAGACCACCGUGUGACAGCGGGGACCCUUAUGUUAUUGCUCUGCGUUCGGUCACUCUACCCACACACCCUCCUACAGAGGGCUACAACAGGGGAGAGGUGCUGUGUGCCGGCUUCAGCAUCCUGGAGGUCUCCAAAGAUAUCUCCAAGAUCUCCUACUUCAACCAGGCGUCUCCCGAGGUCCUGCCCUACAUCUCCACAGACAUCGCCGGGCUCUCCUCCAGCUUCUACGGCAUCUUCUGCACCUGUAACACCUUCCUCCAGGAGAACAGGGUUGACCAUGCCUCCACCCCACAGUCCCAACCACCCUCCUCUAUACUAAAACGUACACAACUCUAACCCUUUAUCCUUCACCACCCUGACCCCCUCACCCUUGAUGACCAUUGUACUGAUCGAUUGAACACACUGCCAUUUAGAGGAUCCGAUUAUCUUCAACUGUUUAUUUUAUUAGAAUGGUUUAUGAAAGGAGCCUAAUUCCCAGAUUUGUUUGUGCAGUCUUGCCAACUCCUAUGGUCAUUGACAAUGACCAUGAAUGUAGGAGUUAGCAAAACAGAUCUGGGACCAGGAAUGUUUUUUUGUGGCUGUGAGUAAUUACGAUUGUCCCUUAAAGCACUUAGUCUCCCUAUUCUCCCCACCUGUGUUCAUUAGAUUGACACCCAACCCCCUGUGACCUGGCUCAAGCCUGCCCAGAGCACUCUGGCCUCUUCACACACUAAGCUGAGCCAUGUUGACAGCAAGGAUUAUUAGUGUGGAAAACUAUAUGUUUUUGAACAAUGUUCCCAAUCAUAACUUGUGAAAAAUAUGAUGUUUAAAAUCAUUUUAAAAGUGUUUGAACUUUUCCAGAGAAAGAAUACUAACCAGAUGUCUUUUUUUUCUGAGAAGGGCACUUUAUUUGACAAUAAAGGGUCAGAAUUGCAUUUGA